AUGUGCUGCUUCCUUUGCUGUCUGGUGCCUUGUUUGUGGCGUCUGAGCGCCUUUAUUGACCAGUGGCUCAACGUCUACUUCAAGCCCUUCCAUCCAGGCCUCCAUGAGCACCUGAUCCGAACCUUCAUGCCGGGCCAGGCCUCGCCGAGGGCCCAGUGCGAACAGUGCGCCUACUGCUGCUUCGUCUGCCCCGUCGAGUGCUACCGAACGGGCACAGGACGCGACAAAUACGCCCUGAACAGAGUCUGUCUCGGCUACAUGGGCUUCCUGCUCGGCCAGGCCGACAUUGUUGAUGUACAAGCAGAGCAGGAGAAGUACGGAAGCUACUCAGACGCCCGGUACUACUGGAAAUUUGGCCGGUGGCCAUGGGACGACCAGGUUUUGCAGGCCUCCGACACGGAAGAGUCUGCCUCGUAG